CCCCUAUGGUGCCCGCAACAGCAGUCCUCAUCUCGCUAAGUUUUAGUGCAUAUUCGCCGAAUAUUUGUACAGGGGUAUCGAAUAUAUCGCCGCCCACCCUGGCCACGAGCAAAUUCAAUUUGCCAUUCCCCUCUUGGCAUGCUAGGAACGUAUACUCGCCUUCGGCCGAGCCAUUCCGCAGAGGCGUCACGGGGUUGCGCGCGGUGCCGAGGCCCGGGGAGGGCUCGGCCGGCUCGACAGCGUGCGCGCCCUUGGCAUCGACUAGUUGGAAGCUGAACUGCGUGCCGUACUUGCCUUCUCACGAGGACGCCUUAAAGGCCGUUAGGUUUGAGCUGAGAUGAGGCUAGCACGGCGAAAUUGGCGAGGUGGGUGUCGAGGGCGCUGGCUAGUGCGAGGGCUUUGUCGAGGGCAGAUACGGUAGGGGCGCCGCCUUUUUUAGGUCCCCUAGAUGGCGGUGAGACUGGUGUUGAUGUCGAUGCCGUUAUCACCCUGCCGGGUGAUUGUUCCCAGCGUGCCGCUACCGGGACUGGCCGGCGCAGAUGGCUGGAGCGGGAGGUCGAGAGUCUUGGGCACACCUGUUGAGCUCGUUAGACUAGACUAGAAAUGGCAGCAAUUUUUGGGGGAGGUACGAGGAGUCCAAGGACUAACUUGAAGGAGUAAAGGACGAGACCGCUUCGACCCUGGCCUAGAUGGCGUCGCGUACCCAGAAGAUAGUAGUGCCGGUUUGGAAGCCAGACUUGGCUAAGCGGCUUGGUGUCGGAGGGAGCCGCAUCUAAGCCAC